CUCUUGGUUGUAGUUAAACAAGCUAGAAUAGAUAGAGGUGACUAAUGAAAACUAUCUGAUGAGUUCAAUAGGGCAAAGCAUAUUGAUGGCACUAACUGUCACAGUAAACAAGUAUGCUUCAUCCAAUUUGCAAGCAGUUCAUAGAACACAAGGAAAAGCAGCAACAACCACACCCACCUUAAGCACCAAUGUGGGACUUGGAAGGAGAGGACUUGUCUUAUCCACUGUAAUUGCCACCACCCAAGUACCUGAUCCUAGGACCGAUCUUCUUAAAAAAUAUCUGAAGAAAUCAGAGGAAAACAAGGAGAAAAAUGACAAAGAGAGGCUGGAGAGUUAUUACAAGCGUAACUACAAGGAUUACUUUGAAUUGAUGGAAGGAACUUUGAAAGGAAAGAAUGGGCAACUGUCAGACACAGAAAAGGGUAUCCUUGAUUGGCUUCAAAAGAACAAGUGAAAUCGGUUUUCUGAAUUGCUAAAGUUGUUACUUUUUAGUCAUCUAACUGGUGCUCUGAUGACAUUGAAUUUGCUUCUGUAGACUGUAGCUCCACCUUUGAAAUUGUACAUUAGAUCCACAUAGGCACAUUGCCCGGUAGAUUGUGAUUUUCUGUAUUCUUGAAUUCCACCAAGUACAGUCAUUUCAAGUAAUUGACUUUAAGUUGACAUUGGUUGGCAUCACAUUCCUU